UUAACUUGGGGCUCUGUGGACCCCAACUUGGGAACCCCUGUACUAGAGGAUAAGCCAGCUGCUACUUGCAGGAUGAACCUGAGGUCCGGCAAAGCCACAUCAGCAAACCCUUCCACCGCUCAGACUCCGCACUGCACCGACAGUCAAGAUGGGUUCUUGGACACACCAGGAGGUGGAGAAUUUGGGGAGCCUUCAAACGCUAAACAUUCAGCAAGAAAGACUGGGAGAGUUGUGACAUUUGGUAAUGCGCCUGGUUCCUUCACAACUACACCCAGAGCCACAAGAUUACCAAGAAAACGCUGGCAGAAAGCAGAGCUCAAAAGAGACUUGGAUUCCACUUUCUACACAACAAAAUCCAACACCCGGGUGAGAUUUCUGAAGGUUCAUCAGGGACCAGUAACUAGGAAUAACCACAUCCCCAGCCAAACCCUGCCUUCCUUACCGAUCUCACCUUCUGUGUCUCCUGACAUGGAAACUUGUAGAAAUCUGGACGGAAGCUCAGUGCCCCUGGAGAUGACGUUCUCCAUCAAUCUCUCAAUGGAGGCAAUUUCUCUUUUUGACAAGAAGGAACUCUUUAAUGAGAAAAAAAUCGUCAAGGAAUUGCGAAGUUCAACUGAAAAGACACUUCAAAAAUCCACUCUUCCACUCAAAACCCGCAGUGUACCUGAUUAUUCACUUGUUCUGGGACUGGACGAAACGCUCGUUCAUUGCCAGCUAACACCCAUGGAAGAUGCAGAGUUUGGAUUUCCUGUCCACUUUCAAGAUAAAAACUAUCAGGUCUACGUGAGGCUGAGGCCUUAUUGCAAGGAAUUCCUUGAAAGUGUGUCUCAGUUCUACGAGGUUAUCCUCUUCACCUCUGCUACAAAAGACUAUACUGACAAAUUGCUAGAUAUAUUGGAUCCACAAAGGCGGAUUAUCAGGCAUCGUCUGUAUCGGAAACACUGCAUCUGCAUCAUGGGCAACUACGUCAGGGAGCUGAUGGUCCUCGGGAGGGAUCUGUCAAAGACGGUUUUUGUAGACAGUUCCCCCGAAGCUUUAGCUGGCCAGAUUGCAAAUGGGAUUCAGAUCAAAAGCUGGUCCAAAAACCCAAGAGACCAGGAGCUCCGUAAACUCAUCCCGUUUUUGCAGAAACUGGCACAGCUGGAUGAUGUCCGGCCAGUGAUUCAGAUGAACCGUCAAUUCAACAGAGCAAACGCAGAGGUCCAAACAGAGUGCUGACUUUGAAGGGAGGGCUGGCUCAAAUAAGACUAAUUGUCAUCUCUCCGCCCCCCCCCAUCCAAACUAAAGUUGUAUAAUGAGCACUAAAAACCAUGUGCCCCAUUUCAUACUGAUGUUGUCAGAGAAUAAUUUAAAACUCUUGCCUGCAAACUUGCAACAUCUUGCUUCACCUUCUACUUGUUAUGCUAGGGCAGUCAUUUUAUUGCAGUGGAAAUGCUUACUACUCAUUCAUUGCCUGUGUCC